CACAGAUGAUCUUUUCUCGAACGCAUCGCCGUAUCUCUGUCCUCUCUCUCUAUCUCUCCCGCCAAUACCUUUACGCCAUUGCCGUCGUGAACCAAGCCCUAGCUGCUCCGUCCAUCAAGAUCAAUGGCGGCGAUCGACGCGUGAGUGUGAAUUGACUCGAGACAUUUCGAAAAUGAGAAUGAAAUGUAGAGUUUGGUGGCCGAAGGAGCUCUCUCUAACUGAACCAUCGCACUCCAAAUCCUUCUUGUUCGGCUGGUUCGUCCCUUCUUCUUCUUCUUCUUCUGCGAAUUCCCUCGACGUCCUAGUUGCUUUUGCCUGCAGCGAAUCCUCGCUUUCUGAUUCGCUGCCCGGUCUUCAGGGAGUCCUCUGUGAAACAAACGAGAAAAUGCCAGUGUCUUUACAGGAGAAAUCAACGCUUUCUUUGUUGGGUUACUAUACUGCUGAUACUGAUCAUCGAUGCAAUGGCGAAUUGUCACAAGUAAGAAUGGAAGAAGGUGACGAGCCCACGUCCUCAAGUUGUGGAAAUGCAAAUGCGCUUUAUGGUCAGGAUAUAUGUGGAAAGAGUUCUGGCCAAUGGACGUGUGGGUGCCAUAUACUUGAUCGGUUUUCAGAGAAAGAUAAGCGAAUUCCUAUCCGAAAUAGUUGGAUCCAGCUUGUUUGUUGUUCCCAUGAAAAGUUUGGAAGAGACACAUUUUGCAUUCCCAAAUUGCAUCACAUACACUGGAAUGGUCAGAUAGUGUCGCGAUGUGAUGUUCACUUUGUACUCUAUGAGACCCCUACCUAUGGUGCUCAUCAUUUCUCAUUACCUUUUCAAAAUUCAUCUGAACAAGUGAAAGCUCCUUUCAAAAUACCCAAGUGGGUUGAAGAACUUCAACAAAAGCAGCCACUUUGUGAUAUGGACACAGUCAUUCUGGCAAUUAAUAGUGCCACUGCUGCUAGGAUCUUAUUCUGGAGACAUCUGGAACCCAAGAGAUCUUCUUCCUGGUUUUUUGCAUUUAUGUGGCAUCUAUUUGCCGUUUCUGUGGCUUUGUUGUCCACUAUACUUUAUGUCAUUCUUCAGUCCCUUCACAAGGUCUUGAGUUAUGCAUCAAGCUCGUGGAUAUACAUUACAUUAACGAACGUGUUCAACACUGCUGGGUUAAAUAUUCAAAUCCGCUGCUCCCAAAUCUUGUAUUGGCCAUUCUUCCUUCAGGACAGGGGCAUUAGGUCUCUGUCAUGUGUGGAAUAUGCGGAGAAAGCUGCUUUGCAGAGGCAUUUCAUGUGGUCAAGUUUAGCAGCCGAUGUUCUUCUUGGAAAUUUGUUUGGUUUGGCUCUGUUGUAUCAUGCUGAAUCUGCCAGCUCAUGGGUUCUUAACUUUGCCGAUGAUGUUACCAACAAGUUAUUGCGUUCUGGUUGUGUGUGGUUGAUGGGAGUCCCCGCAGGUUUCAAGUUAAACACAGAACUGGCAGGAGUACUUGGCAUGAUUUCUCUUAAUGCAAUCCAGAUUUGGUCAACCCUUUGGAUUUUUGUUAGGUUUCAUUUUACUUUCUUCAUUAGAUCCCUUGCUAUUCUGGGCAUAAUUUUUGGUGCGACUUUACCUGCUUCAUUGGCCAAAGAUUUUAUUGCUCUAGCUACAUUACAUGUGUCAACUAUCCAUUGCUUGAUCUCACUUUUAUAUUCAACACAGAUACAAGCGAUAGCAUCUUUGUGGCGCCUUUUCAGGGGCCUUAAGUGGAAUCCUCUUCGUCAGAGAUUUGAUAGCUAUGAGUACACUGUGAAACAGCACAUUGUUGGAUCCCUUCUGUUCACACCACUCCUACUUCUAUUACCGACCACUUCUGUUUUCUAUAUCUUCUUUAGCAUCUUGGCCACCACCAUCAACCUUAUCUGUAUUCUGAUUGGACUCACCAUUUCUGUUAUUCAUGCUACGCCAUACAUCAAAAUUUUCCUUUGGUUUGUUAGGCCAGGAAGGUUUCCCUCUGGCAUUUGGUUUGAUGUUGUGUCUUGUCAGGGUGAUGCCAGUGAUUCUUCUGAUAAUUUUGACUCCCCAUUUGAGAAUUUUCGGGUUAAAAAGGUCAUAAGCAGAGAAAAAUCUUCUUUGAUGGUUUCAGUUCUCCACAGCAACUUCAUGACUCUAGGAGAAGUAGUAUUGCCUCACUAUAAAAAUGUUUUUUCUGGCAUUUCGCGAUCAUCUGUUGCUGCUUCCGCUUACGGGGUUCUCACUGGCAAAAGUAAUUUUUUGUCCCCCAGAAUAGGAUCUACUCUGGUGGCCAACUCUCCUUCACCAAUGCCAUGGAUAUGCAUUCCCUGCAAAGAGUAUUGGUCGCUUGGCCGGGAUUCUAUUCUGGCUUGCCGAAGAACAUGAUCGUCGUACCAAGUCAUCCGAUUCCAUUUUAAUUUUUACCUAACGGAAGACGGUUUUUUUUCAGUUGACCAUUCUUCCCACUCGUCUGCGGCAUUCUUUCCAUACAGUUCGAAAGUUUUGUAAUAGAAUUUUUGUACAUAAUACAUUAUGUUUACAGACACUGAAAUCAAUGAAAGCA